AUGGCGAGCAAGAUCUGCACCGUGAGAGCAUCCGAUCCGUCCAUCGAGCAGCGAUUCAACAUGCUCGAUGGCCUGGGGAUGGCCGCGGAACUACUCGGCGGAGGAAAGCCGGCGCCAGGCGGGAGAAAAAGCGCAGAUGCAGCGGAUAGAGCUUUUCGCGGCGCCCCGCGCGGCGCGAUAUGCGGCGGCAUUCAACCAGGCGUCAUUCUCAGCGGAGCUGGUACCAUCGCCUGGGAAACCUGCGGCGCGGUGAACAAUAUAAGUGGCCUGCGGUCGGCAUUGGAAGCGGUGGUGGAGGAGAGCGGAUGGGAGACCGACAGCUCGUUUGGGUCGACUCAGAAGUCGGUCGACAGCUCCGCCGCGUCGCACGGAUGGGAGGAGCUGGAGCGAUCGUGCGCCGCCAUGGAUUCGAACAACGUGCCGAUCGACUGCAUUGACCUCACGAACAUGUUGGAAGAAGGCGUCGCGCCCGACAGCGAUAAUGCUAGUAUCGAGGACGACAAAAACGAGGAUAGAGACGGAAGCGAUGAUUCAACGAACGCCGACGAACGCACCCCCCAUUUCUCAGCCGACGCCCCCGCUUCCCGCCCCGCCGCCCGCCCCGCCUCCCGCCUGAACCACACUUUCUCCCCCAUCAAUCGCCCAGACGUGGCAGCAGCGGUGGAGACUCCUCCGCCGAAUCUGCACCGGCGCAGUUCUCUCUCCAGCGCGCCCGACUCGGUCCGCCUCGGAAACGCCAAUGAAAGCAACCACGCGGACAGAGCGGCGGCGCGGGAUAGCCACGGCGGAAAAUACGCCUACAGCGGAAAGUAUUACAGCGGAAGCCGCAGCCAAGCUCAUUACUACUCUGAUAGCUCGCCUCGACUUAAGGGGAGCCCUGCCCGAUGCAGCUCUGAAGAAUACGCCCCCCACAGCGGACCCCUCAGCGGCGGCGCUCACAGCGGAAGCCUCCUUUGCGACGGCCCCCCGAGCGAAAGCCCUCACAGCGGGCCAUUGCGGCACGGAUUUGGUGUGACUGUCGCAUCUGCAGCAGCGCGCCUCCGUCCCACCAGCAGUGGGGAAACCGGUGCAACUGGGGAAGGUAGACCUGUUCAGGCUGGUCUAAAUAAAGGGGCAACUGUUGCUCCUCCGUCCCAGCAGCGCCCGUCCGUCCCAGCAGCAGUGGGGAAUCCGGCUGCUGCUGGCAUUUGCAAACCCGGUGGGGUGACAGUGUUGGUAAAGAACGGGGCUAACCCCGCUGCUAUAGAGGCUUAUUUCAAGCUGAAGGCUCAAAGAGGAAGAUAG